AGAGUUGUACGGAGAGAGUAGUGCUCGACCAAGACGAGAAGAAAACGGGAAAAAACAGCUAAUUUAAUUCGUCUUACUCGGCGUGGCGUGCUGAAAAUUGAAGACAGCAACAAGGGAAUCUGACAUGCACUUGCAGAAAUCGCCAAAGGAGAAGUCGUGUUACACUCUGCCCACAGUGAAGAAACUCCUGGAGCAGAAGAGAAAGAGAGAGACUUCUUCAGCACCUCCGGCCUGUGCUGCUGCAUCCAGUUCCGCUGGUGCCGUCGCACCCGUCCCAGUGUCACCAUCAGCUCCCUCUGCCGGUACCAGCAGUAGUUACUUCGACAUGGCAGCAAUGAGUUAUGACCGGUGGGAUGGAUUAGUGCACCAGCAUUCUUCAGCCUUGCCGCCGUGUAACCCCUUCUCUGCUGUGGCGCUCAGUUACGCCCCAAGCUUUUCACCGACUGGUGUCUACAGCCACAGCCUGCCCUCUUCUGAGCCACAGGCCUCCAGCUACAGCCCACAUCAGCUGCAGGACUGUCCGGACGGACAGAUACCACAGCACUUCCCUGGAGCAGAGUGUCCAGUGACGGCAGCUUUGAGUGGUGCCAGUGCUGUGACUGUUCAGAGCUCAUGUUACUCUUGGUCUUCGGGAUCCAGGGCCCAGGCCCCUGCAGGACCCUGCAGCCUCCCGUUCAGGACCCAGAUGGACAUGGCCAAGCUGGAGGAGGCUCGAGUGUUCCUCCAGGGCAUGGACUAUAACAGAACCACCUGGCAAGACGAUGACGGAGACACGAUUCUGCACAUCUACACUGCUAAGGGCCAGAGGGAAUAUGCUUUUGCUGCAGCAGAGAAGCUGCAGGAACUUGGCAGGUUGGACUCAAAGGAGCACAAGGGCAAGACUGCUCUGCUGGUGGCUGUGACGGCCAAUCAGCCGGAGAUAGUCCAGGACCUGCUUUCUCUAGGAGCAGAUAUCAGCAUCUGUGACAACAAGGGUCAGACAGCGCUGCACCUGGCGGCUACAUAUGGCUUCCCUCAGGUCAUGCAGAUGUUGCUGUCGAUGGACCAUGGACUGGACAUGGAGGCCCGCAAUUUUGAAGGACUCACCCCACUCCACUGUGCAGUGAUUUCCCACAGCACCACGAUAAAGGCCCUUACUGCCUCCUCCUCAUCCUCCACCUGGCUACCUGAUAGUGGUCUGCAGUCUCAGGCCGAGAAUAAGCUAUAUUGUCUGCAGCUGCUGCUUGAUGCUGGGGCUUCCCCUCUCAGCCAGGAAAUCAAAAGCAACAAGACUGUUCUCCACUUGGCUGUUAAAGAGGGGAAUAUCCAGCUGGUGCAUUUUUUCCUGAAAUUCCAGCUGCCUGACAUGCAGGCCUUUAUCAACAUGAAGGCCCACGGGCACACGGCCUUACACAUGGCGGCAGGGCUGCACGGAAACCCACAUCAGGAGGAGCUGAUCCGGCUGCUGCUAGGCAGAGGUGCAGACCCCAGCAUUCGCAACCUGGAGAAUGACCAGCCUGCCCAUCUGCUGCAGAGUGGUCAGCAAGGAGAGAAGCUCAAGCUCAUCUUGAAGAAGAGAAAUGCCUCCUCUAGGCGGCGUAUCGCAUCCUUACAGGACCAAGAAUGACCAGGACUGCUUCCAGUCCCACCAUAUCUCCCUUUACUUCUCAUAGGGACAUCAGAAGGUCUGCAUUCAUUCAAGGGGACACCGUAAAAGCACAGGCACUGUUUCAGAUAUUGAAGGAAAUACAAUCAGAGCAGAAAAGUGACAGAUCAUUUCUUAUUUGAAAUAAGAAUAAAAUCACUAGGGGUGGAUAAUGUGAUAAUCAUUACCAUGAUAAUUUGUCAUUGAGAAAUGAGCUGCUUAAGAUUUCUAGGUGAGAUUGUGAAUUUGAAUCCAUAAAUUCUCAGUGCCACGUGUAGAGGUGUCAGAAAUAUCUGUACUUUGGUGCAAAAUCGAUACCAAAGUUGAAAAAAAUUAAUAGAAAGAUUUAAAUAGAAAUAGUUUAGUUCUUUCUAUAAAUCACACACUUAGCAGACAAACCCAAACCUACCCAAUGUUGAGUAACUGGCUUACCAGUUACAUCUCUAGACAUUGUAUAGACAACUUACUAUGUUAGUAAUUGUUUUAGAAUGUGUGCUCUGGCCUGGAUGGCUAGUUGUAAUAUAAUAUAGAAGAAUGUUUCACCCAAAACCCUAAUUUCCUACUUACAUCAGAUGUCGUCGAUCACUAAGACACGUUCAGUGUCCAAAUUUUACCUCUUUAGUUUAGCACUGGAGCUAUGAGGCCAACAUUGCUAACAAACACGAUCAAACACUAGAAGUCAAUAGUCACCCAAACCUUUCUGUAAACAUAUCUGCAAAUUCUCUCUCUGUCUCUGCAUCCAGGUCUUCAUUGCAGACUCACUGUUUGGGGUUCAGGACACAGUAUGAGCUAUAAAAAUGAACAGAACUUCACAGUGUAGCUGAAUUGGGAUGCCAUUUUAGACAACAGGUGUUGUGGCAAAUUCUAACUGUUGUCCUGUUGUCUGAAGUGGCUGAGCGCAGUAUUCAGCUACACAGUGAAGUUUUGUUCAGUUUAAUAGUUCACAGUAAGUCAUACUAUGCUCUAAAGCACAUUGACAGAUCUGUGCAAGUUUAAACUUUUUGGGGAUGUAUUUACAGAAAAGUUUUGGGUGUGACUUCGUGUUUCACAGCCUCAUAGUUCUAGCGCUAAACUUAAGAAGCAAGAUUUAGACUCCAAACAUGUCUUUGCUGAUCAACAGCAUCUGAGGAAAGUGAAAAAUUGUGGAAAUUAGAUUUUUGGAUAAAGCGUUCUUCUUUGGCCAUUCAUGCUUUUGCUGUGAUAUCAAGAAUUGACAAAUUUCACUGGUAUUCAUAUCGACUCCCAAACACCUGUGACUUUAGCCUUAAUAGCAUUCCAGUAUGGCACAACUGUUGCAACUUAUCCAACAACAGAAAAUGAAACAUCAUGAUAAAUAUGAAAAUAUCAUGAUAUCAUCAUAUUUGCCAUAUUGCCCACCCCUAGACCCCAUGUGGAAGAGUAUGGGAAUUAGAAAAAGUGCCACCAAAUCUAAUUUAAUGUCCCUUGAAUGAAUUCAGAUCUUCACAUAGGACGGAUUUUUAUCUACAGUAUCCUCUUAUGAGGGUUUUCACCAGUUGCUUCUCUAAAUUGUUGUAGAGGGUCAUCUAAUGUUUCAUGUGUACUUUCACAAGCUUUUUCUCAUAAGUAACCGCUCUCAUAUAGCUCAUUCAUAAAAUGAGUAGGCUCACAUCACGAGCAUGUGUGAGAGAAGAAGAGGCCUCUGCGGCUCCUUUUCUGAAGAAACGAUUUCUGUAAAAUCAUCUAGAAGCACGGUUGGGUUCGCUAGUCGAAUUUCCUGCAUUUUUAUAAACCACAUUGGUUUGGAGAAGGGAGGAGCUGUCUUCGCUCUUUCCUCUGUACACUGCAUCAGUGUUAUAACCACAUUUAUUUAUUUUUUUUCCAGUGUUACACUUAUAAUGCAAGUGUAAUGUGGCUUUUUUUAUAUGUAUGUGUAUCCACUGUCCUAACAAAACCUCGUAUCUCCAUAAUAGCGACUUAACAUGAAUGUAUGUUUAUGAUUUUAAAGGAGAAUUCCACUGAUUUGUCAACAUUUCUGUGUAAUUAAAUUAAGUAGUUCACAGUGGUGGUGAUGGGAACCAGACGUCUGAAUAUGUUAGUGACUCUUAAACCUCCCUCACAGAAAGUCAUUCCAUGAAAUGGUUCUGAGUGAUGUCUGAGAUGUUGUUUUAUGAUCAUUUUGAGACGGUUUUGGCCUAAAAUGUGUUUUUAGAAGUACAUGCAGGGCAUCAUAAGGCAAAGAGAAUGUAUAUGUUCUGAUUUUGCACUUUUUUUUACCAUUAUGAAAAUUAUAUAUAGAACUUUGAAAACACAUGUAGGUUCACUGGUGGUUUCAGAUAGGAAAUGAAAGGGCUUUGAGUCAUAGACAUCACGAGUGCUGGUUCCCAUCACCAUCACUGUAAAGAAAUCCAAGUCAGAAAGUUUCUCUACAAUGAACCACUUCACAGCAAACAACUCUGAAUGACUGUUUACAUCUCAGCCAUUGAAUUAUGCAGAAAUGUUGAGAAAGUUGUGGAAUUCCCCUUAAAUCCAAGUAAUUCUGGACCAUUUCUACUGGUUCAGUUUGCAACGUUCACAAAAACGGGUACUAGCUGUCAACACAUAUAAUGUAUGAUGGUGUUUAACUCAGGCAAAUAAACUAUUUAUAUGCUGUACAACAUGUACCAAGACAGUUCUCUGUAUAACCUAUAACCUAUAAAACUGGGGAAUCUGUAGCAAUGUGUCAUCGCUGAGUAUGAGCACAUUCUCAUGAGUCAUGUGAGUGAAAAUGUCAAACGUCCAUAGCAAUGUUCUCUUAUACACAAUAAGCAAUGUCAUUCAUAUUGACUAAGAUUUGAACCUAGAAUGUCAAAUGUGGUAAAGAGUUUGAUUGUAUGUUGUAGUAUUUUUUAAUGAUUUCAUUCGACUGUGAUUUUUUUUGAGUCAGAAUAGGCAAAAUGAAGGAAGGGCCAAGGGAUUUAUCACCUGUGAAUCACCACUGUGCCUCAAAUACACUGGUAAUUCAAAUGAGUGGGGGAAAAAACAUUAUACAGUCACUUCCCUUGAAGGUGCAGUGAAAUGAUUAUUGAUUUAAAAGAAUUGAAGCACUUCAUGUAAUCAAAAAGCAACAGUGUUUACUACUUUUCUCAGUUUUAAAAUGGAUUAACGCUGCAAACUACACAAACCGUUCCUGUAAUGAAUGUAAUCCACUGACCAACUGAAUUGUCUCAGGCUUCAGCAAUGGCAUUAAAAUUUGCUGUUAAAGCAGCGUCUCCUCUGGGUAUUGUGUUUUUAAUACUGUGUCCAGUUAUUUUAUGUUUGAACAAGUGAUUGUACUUCA